GGGAUCGGGACCGGACCCACCUGCGGCUCCGCUGCGGCAGCGUCCCGAUCCCUCCGGCACCGCACCGGCACCGGCAGCCAUGGGGCGGCGGGGGGGCUGCCCGGCCCCGCUCUGCCUCCUCCUCCUCCUGCUCCAGGCCAGUCACUGGCUGUGCAAUCAGGCGGAGUCGUGCCAGCCUGGCUUCACUGCGGAGACCUUCGCCCUCGGCGUGCCGCGGGACAGCGUGGCGGCGGGACGGGCGCUGGGACGAGUGAGCUUUGUGGAGUGCGGCGAGCAGCGCCGUGCUGCGUACCUGUCGGAUGACACGCGCUUCAAGGUGAGCAGGGACGGUGUCGUCUCUGCCACCCGACCCCUGCAGCUCCAGCACAGGGAGAUCAGCUUCACCGUCCACACCUGGGACACCACCGGCAAGAAGCACUUGGCCAGGGUGACUCUGCAUAGGCGGAAACACCGCCGUCACAACCACCAACAACAGGACGUGGCACCUGAGCUGCUGAUCUUCCCCAAGCCCAGCCAUGGCCUCCGGCGGCAGAAGAGGGACUGGGUCAUUCCCCCCAUCAACUGUCCUGAGAAUGAGCGGGGGCCCUUCCCCAAGAAGCUGGUGCAGAUCAAAUCCAACAAGGACAAGGAGACCAAGGUUUUCUACAGCAUCACAGGGCAGGGGGCAGACACCCCCCCUGUGGGCAUCUUCACCAUCGAGCGGGAGACAGGGUGGCUGGAGGUGACGAAGCCGCUGGACCGAGAGGAGAAAGAUAAAUAUGUUCUCUUCUCCCACGCUGUGUCAGCCAACGGGCAGCCCGUGGAGGAUCCCAUGGAGAUCAUCAUCACUGUGACAGACCAGAAUGACAACCGGCCUGUCUUCACCAAGCAAGUCUUCAUUGGCUACAUCGAGGAGAAUGCCAAGCCGGGCACGUCCGUGAUGACGGUGAACGCCACGGACGCAGACGACGCGAUCAACGUGAACAACGGCAUCAUCGGCUACUCCAUCCUGAGCGAGGAGCCCAAGAGUGCCCAGCAGAUGUUCACCAUCGACCCUGAGAAGGGCAUCAUCAGUGUCAUUGGCACCGGGCUGGACCGGGAGACCACUCCCAACUACACGCUGAUCAUCCAGGCUGCGGACCAGGAGGGCACUGGCCUGACCAACACCGCCACCGCCAUCGUGGAAGUCACCGACGCCAACGACAACCCCCCCAUCUUCAACCCCACCUCGUACGAGGGGUCAGUGAAGGAGAAUGAGGCAGGGCUGGUGGUGACCCGGCUGCACGUGACAGACCAGGACGUGCCGGGCUCCCCUGCCUGGCAAGCCGUCUACCGCAUCAAAAGUGGGGACCAGGACGGUGACUUCAGCAUCUCCACUGACCCCAAAACCAACGAUGGCAUCCUGAAAACUGCCAAGGGCCUGGAUUACGAGAGCAGGAGCCGGUACAACCUGGUGGUGACAGUGGAGAACGCUGUCCCCUUUGCCGUGCCCUUGGGGCUCUCCUCAGCCAGCGUCCUGGUGGUGGUCACAGAUGAGAACGAAGCCCCCAUCUUCGUGCCCCCAGUCAAGACAGCAGAGGUGAUGGAGGACCUGCCGCUGGGCCACCAGGUCACCUCCUAUACUGCGCAGGACCCCGACAGGGACCAGAGGCAGAAAAUCAUGUACCGCAUGGGCAGCGACCCCGCGGGGUGGCUGGCCAUCGACCCCGAGAACGGCAUCGUCACGGUGGCCCAGCCGCUGGACCGGGAGGCGGCGCAUGUCAUCAACAGCACCUACAAGGCCAUUGUCCUGGCCGUGGACAGCGGGCUUCCGGAUGCCACCGGCACGGGGACGCUGCUCCUCCAUCUCCUGGAUGUGAACGACAACGCGCCCACGCCGGAGCCCCGGUCCUUUGAGAUCUGCAGCCGGGAGCCCGAGGAGCAGAUUCUGACCAUUGUUGACAAGGACCUGCCCCCCAACACCUAUCCCUUCCAGGCAGAGCCGGCCCUUGGCUCUGGCACCAACUGGACUGUCAGGGUGAUCGGACAAGACCAGGUGGUGCUGAAGCUGACGAAGGAGCUGGAGCCGGGGGAGUACAACGUCUUCCUGAAGCUGACGGACGCGCAGGGCAAGCCGCAGACGACACCGGUGAAGGUCCAAGUGUGCGACUGUGAAGGGCCGGCCAAGAACUGUGAGCGACGAGCGUACGUUGCUGGUGGCCUGGGUGUCCCUGCCAUCCUGGGCAUCCUGGGGGGCAUCCUGGCACUGCUGAUCCUGCUGCUGCUGCUGCUCCUCUUCGCCCGGCGGAGGACGGUGGUGAAGGAGCCGCUGCUCCCACCUGAGGAUGACAUGCGGGACAAUGUCUACCACUAUGAUGAGGAGGGUGGCGGUGAGGAGGACCAGGACUAUGACCUGAGCCAGCUGCACCGGGGCCUGGACGCCCGCCCUGAGGUGAUCCGCAAUGACGUGGCCCCCCCGCUGAUGGCUGCCCCCCAGUACCGGCCCCGGCCCGCCAACCCUGACGAGAUUGGAAACUUCAUCGACGAGAACCUGAAGGCGGCCGACACAGACCCCACAGCUCCCCCGUACGACUCCCUCCUGGUGUUCGACUACGAGGGCAGUGGCUCAGAGGCCACCUCGCUCAGCUCCCUCAACUCCUCCGACUCCGACCGUGACCAGGACUAUGACUACCUCAACGACUGGGGCAGCCGCUUCAAGAAGCUGGCCGACCUCUACGGCGGCGGGGAGGAGGACGACUAGGGCCCCCCCAGCCACCUGGCACAGGUGCCUCUCUGCAUUUCACCCCACCACUUUCAUGUUGGCUUUUGCCAAACCCUCCUCCAACAUCCUCUCAACCUGGUGUCCACAUCCCCCACACUCAGUGCAGGGGAAGCUUGGGAUCACCAGGGCUGGGGAGGGGGGCAGGUUGGGGAGCCUGUGUGUUUCCUCCAGACAGGGCAUGGAGCCAUCUGCUCCCCACUUUGGAGCCAAGGUGCUCCUGGUCACAUGGGGCAGGAUCAGCUCCUCUGUCCCCACCGCCUUCCUCCCCUUGCUGCAGGGGCUAAAGGGUUUCUCUGGCACUCUCUGAAAUACCUCGUGCUCCCAGCCCUGACACAACCCUUGUGCUUGGCUCAAGACUCAGCGCCAGGGAAUCUGGGGGGGCAGCCCCGGCACCCCACCUGUGCCAGAGCAGGGUGAGGUGAUCAAUACACACAGACCAAAGAUGUGCUGUCGCGUGCUAUACGUGAUGGCAUUGUAUUUGAUACUUGGUGUUUGGCAGAUUUCUAUUUUUCUGUAUCCCAGAUUAUGGUGUGAUUUCCUUCUGUGUCAUGCCAGGUGUAAUUAUCAUGCAGUCAAUGAAAGGCGCUUUUGGAAAUCAAACGGCUUUACUGAAAUUCUGAACUCCGUGUUUAGCUGUUUUAAUGGUUUGUAUUUUUUAUCAUGGGAAAAGGGUCUGAUGCAGGCUGGGAAUCCAGCACUGGUCUAGUGUUAAUUGAUUGUAUGGUUUUUAUAUAAAAUUGAAAUAAUAAAUUGUUUUAAGAAAACCAAAA